GAGGUUAUUCCUUUGUACAACAAAUCCUUCCAGAAGUGUAUCAUAUCCCCAUUACCUACUGUAUAGCUAAUGGACGCUCCGUCAAAUGUUUGAAUCAUAUAGCAAUUUAGACAAGGAACUUGCAUGGCAUUUGUUCCGCCAAAUUGUAGAAGGCUUGGCACAUAUCCAUGGACAAGGCAUUAUUCAUCGUGACUUGACACCUAAUAAUAUAUUUUUUGACGCUCGCAAUGACAUUAAAAUCGGGGAUUUUGGUCUAGCCAAAUUCUUGAAACUAGAGCAGCUGGACCAGGAUGUAGAUGCUGCCGAGAUGAUAGGAGUUUCUGUUGAUGGAACUGGCCAAGUUGGUACAUAUUUCUAUACUGCACCUGAAAUAGAACAAAGGUGGCCCAAGAUUAAUGAGAAGGCUGAUAUGUACAGCUUAGGAGUUGUUUUCUUCGAGUUGUGGCAUCCUUUUGACACUGCAAUGGAGCGACAUAUUGUUCUUUCUGAUUUAAAACAAAAAGGAGAGGUUCCUUCUGCUUGGGCUGCCGAAUUUCCAGAGCAGGCAUCCUUGUUAAGGCGUUUAAUGACCCCAAGUCCAUCUGACCGUCCAUCAGCCGUCGAACUUCUUCAAAAUGACUUUCCUCCUCGAAUGGAGUAUGAGAUGUUGGAUAAUAUUCUUAGGACAGUUCACAUUUCAGAUGACACUGGUGUUUAUGAUAAAAUUGUAAACGCCAUUUUCAAUGAAGACACGUUAAACACAAAAGGCCAUAACAUGAAUCUUGAAAGUUCGAAGGUGGUUGGAAGGGAUACCUCAUGUAUUCUGUUCACUGAUCUACAGACUGAGAGGCGCGAUAAUGUCGUCGAGAUUUCCACAGAAGUAUUCAGACGACAUUGUGCAAAGCAUUUCGAGAUCAUACCCAUGCGAAUGCUUGGUGAAUGUCCACAGGAGAAUAGUCGAGAAAGAAGUGCUGUUAAGCUUUUGACUCAUGGAGGAGACGUGGUUGAGCUUUGCCAUGAACUUCGACUUCCUUUUGUGAAAUGGAUAAUUGCCAAUCGGGUACCUCAUCAGCUCUCUGACUGAUUUCAUAAUUU